AUGGUUGCUUCUCUUGGAAAAAGUAAGAGGAUUGUUGUGUACAUUGUGCAUGGUGUUGAAGAAUAUGUUGGUGAGAGUACGAAUGAAGACAAUGAGGCAAUUGAUGGAGGACAAUAUGAUGAGAAUGAGGACGUGGAUGGAGGCAAAGGGGCAAGUGAUGAAGGUGAACAUGAUAAUAAGGCAACUGAUGAAGGGCAAGGUGAUGAAAAUGAGGCCAAUGAGGAAGCUAAAGUUAAUAACAGUAAGAGACAUAUGAAUGUACAUAUGGAGAAUGAGGAUGAGAGUUCUGAGUUUGAGCUUAAUAAUAGUGACUAUGAUCAUCUUGAUAAGGAGGAUGUUGACCUAGAUGAAAAAGUAGAGGCUACAACACAACCAUCGAAUAAUGAUAAUGUGAAUGAGAGGUUAAAUGAUCUAUCUCAAGUGGAUGAAGAAUCAAGUAGUACGUCACAAGUUAUUGCAAAUAUAAAUGUAAGUGUAAAGGCCUAUUCAAGAUGGUAG